CCACUUAUGGACAUGCCAUUUUACUCCAUGGUGCAUGUUAUAGCUUUGUAUUCAUAUUUAUAACAUUUGACGUACGUGUAGUAAGAUAUAUGGCAAAGAUGGAUAUUAAAACGAACGCAGUAGGACACUUGACAGUUGUAUUGCUGGUAUGGCAUUAGGCGUUACUACUUUAGAUCUGGAAAGACGAGACGAGUGUCGACAAUUUACAGCUGACGACGACGUGAGGAAUAUAAUUAAAACAAAGCUGAAGUCGGUGGUGCCGUGUGCCUGUUCAGAAAAGCAGAUAAUUCUUGAUUAUUCAUUUGAAAAAAUAGGACACUGUUAUCGGCAAUGGUUCUUCGAAGACGGUGUUAAACAGAUGUGCUGCUAUAGCGCUGAUGGCAUGUUACAAAUCGGGCCUCCACAAGGCGGUUAUUUGACGUUUGAAUCAUUCUGGAAAAAUAUGUCCGAAAUACAAAGAAGCUGCUGUCUCCAUGAGACAAUGUGUGACAUAUUUUAUGACAUCAAUCCCUCUGAUGACUGCAGUGCUUAUCAGUCUCCUACACUGGUCACGUCUUUUGGUGAUCCACAUAUUGAAACAAUAGAUGGUGCUGAAUUCGACUUUAAUGGCCAUGGUGAAUAUGUCUUCUUAAAAACGAGCGCAAUAGAAAUACAAGUGCGACUUGAAUAUACGAAACCUGGGAAUUUUGAUUCUACACUGUUCACAGCUUUCUCAAUAUAUGAUUAUGCAACCGGCGAUUUGUUCGAGAUGUACAUCGACAGACAAAACGACGACAUAAAGGUCUACAGCAACGGUUCACAAAUCUGUAAUGCGAAUCGCAAUGGACCGAUACAUCCUUGUGUAAUUCCACCGAAGAGAGGUCAUUGCUUUGUAAUUGCUGGCCAUGGUAAAGUAGUUAUUCAAGGCUGUGCUGUUAAGGACUUUGCAAGAACAAUUAUAUUUACAGCUGGGAAAUUCAUAAGUCUGAGCAUUGAUGUUCAUAGAUACACUGAGUCGAUAAAUAUAACAGGAUUAGCAGGCCUUCAAAAAGACAAAAAAUUUGUGUUUAGGAACGGCACUAAAGUAGAUGCUAACUCGUCAGCGUCUGUCUUAUUCGAUUAUGGUGAAUCAUGGACUCUAACUGAUGAGUUGGAAAGCAAUUUCAACUAUUCGAUAACAAAUGGAAAUUACACAUAUUACAACGAGCACCAUACACGUCCGAGAUUCCUAGAGGAGCUAGUGGGGAACCUAACAGCAUUGUUUGAAGGUUAUACCAAAUCAAACAUAUCGCUUUUCAACACUACAUGCAUAAAUAAAUGGAACAAUGCACCUAAUGUACAGUGCUUGUUAGCUAUCGCAAGAACAGGCGACAUUAACCUAGGCAUUGCUGAAAUGUCUGCAGCGAAGGAGACACAUCGUAUAUGGGAGACAUUACAUAAUCAUCCCCCAAAUGUCUCAGAGAGCUUCCCCGAAUACAUCACUGUACGAUAUAAAGAAGAUUUAAACUGGACGAUAGAUUUAAAGAACUACGUCUAUGAUGACAACACGGACAAGGAUGACCUUAAAUUCGAAGUUCAAACAGAACUGCCGGAAAAAGAGUAUACACUUGACGGUGGAGUAUUUACGUGGAAUAUCAGCACUGGCUUAAGGUAUAUAGACACAACUAUUACAUUUACUGCAUACGACAAAUUCAAUAGUACCACACACUUUGGAAUCUCUAUCAAUUACUGUGGAUGCGAGGAACCAGAGCAAUGUUCUUUUGAGGCGUUGAAUUCCUAUUCAACAGCUGAUGUAAACAAAGCAUCAUGUAUCUGUCCAGCAUAUGCUGAUGGAUUGUACUGUGAAGAAAUAAUUGACUCAUGUCCAAACGUUACCUGCUACCAGGAUAAUUGCGAUGCAACAACCUACUUGUUAUUACCAAGCUGGCCAUGUGCCCCUUGUCCGAAAGGAAUGCAUGAGGUGAUUACUCCACAAAAUCAAACUUGUGAAGUACGUGGUUCUGUUAUGCCACACACCACACAGCUAGCAGCAGUGGAGGUAAAAUCUGGUGCCCAGUUUGCAGUUUACACAAUACCAAUGAUGGCAGUUACAGCUGAAGCCCAAAGGGUAACUUGA